GCCCGGUCCGGCCCGUGAGGGGAUGGAGGGGGGCGGUGGGGCCGCAGCCGAGCCCGAUGCGGGGCUGGAGCAGGAGCCGGAGCAGGCGUCGGAGCCGGCGCCGGGGGCCGGGUUGACGCUGGGGCCAGCGGCGGGCGCUCCCCUCGGUUACCUGCACGUCCUGUGGCAGCGGGAGGAGCCCACGGGCAAGAUCUCGGCCCGCCGCCUGCGCAGGGCCGCCCGUCUCCACCGCUGGCUGGGGCCUACGGGCAAGGAGACCCACGCUCUGAAAAGGUUGCGUGAAGCUGCCAAUAGCAAUGACUUGGACACAGUGCAGCAACUCUUGGAGGAUGGAGCUGACCCCUGUGCUGCGGAUGACAAAGGCCGGACAGCCCUGCACUUUGCCUCCUGCAAUGGCAACGAUCAUAUUGUGCAACUGCUUCUGGACCAUGGGGCUGACCCAAACCAGAGAGAUGGCCUGGGAAAUACCCCCUUACACUUGGCUGCCUGCACGAACCACGUUCCUGUCAUCACCACACUGCUGCGCGGAGGGGCCAGAGUUGAUGCCUUGGAUCGAGCUGGCAGAACACCGCUGCACCUUGCUAAAUCAAAGCUAAAUAUCCUGCAGGAAGGAAUCUCCCACAGUCUGGAGGCUGUACGCCUUGAAGUUAAACAGAUUAUCCAGAUGUUGCGGGAAUACCUGGACCGCCUGGGGAGGCAUGAGCAAAAGGAACAGCUGGAUGACCUCUGCUCCAGGUUACAGAUGACUAGUACAAAGGAGCAGGUGGAUGAGGUUACAGACCUCCUGGCCAGCUUCACAUCACUCAGCCUGCAGAUGCAGAAGAUGGAGAAGAGGUAAUGGGCUUUUAAAUCACAUCCUGAUGCAGCAGGAGAAGCCUUAGAGAGAAA